AUGAUUAAACAUAAUGAUAAAACAUCGUUUUAUUCUACUUGGUUUCCUAUUCAUACUGCAUUACAUUAUGCAGCAAAAUUUGGUAAUAUAAACUGUCUGAAAUUAUUGAUUCAUCAGUAUCAUGCUAAUGUGAAUACACGAAGUAGGGGACGUACACCCUUACAUAUUGCUGUUGUUCAUUCACAACGUGUUGUUAUUCGUGCAUUAGUUGAUGAUUUCAAAGCUGAUCCAGCUUUGAUGGAUUUCUCUGGUUACUUUCCAUAUAUGCUACUUGAAAAUAAUUUAAAAACUGAAUAUGAACCUUUUUUAACACAUGGUCGACUUCAACGAAUUCGAAAUGCAUUAAAAGUUUUUAGAACAUCAAAUGUUUCCCAUGAUUCUUCUAAUAUCACUAAAGAUAAUUCCAGUAAGAAAGGUGUUGUGCAUACUGAUCAUUCAACGGUUGACUUCAAACGACCUGUUAUGCUUCCAGUUGUGUCUAGACGAUUAGAGAAUUUCAAACGACCGACAACAAUGCAGCAACAAAAUCAUUUAAAUCGAACAUCUACCUUGAAACCGAUUAAUCAAAAUGCUGAGUAUAGUUUACGACGUCCAUCUGUGUUUGAAGGUAUUUUAAAAUCGGCUGCUGAAGCUGCUCAACACUGGAAUCAUCAUCAUAAUAAUUGUAAUAAUGAUCAUACAUCAAGUGUUAAAUUGUCAUCAGAAUCUAAUGAAGAACAAGUUAAUAAUGAUAAUACUAACGUCAGUAAACCUCUUAACGCUUGUUCUUCUUCUACGACAACAACAGGAUCAACAACAACAAUAACUGAUCCCCAUAAACGCUUAGUACAACGUUUAGAUUCGAUGAUUUCAUUAAGACGUGAACAGAAUGCAUUAUCCAAUCUUUCAAAUAGUAAUCAUUCUAAUGAAAUAGGAUCAUCAUUUGAUUUGUCUACUUCAUUAGAUAAUAAUGAUUACCUUUCCACUAUUAAUUAUCGAAAAGCAAAUACAUUGGAUCGUCGAUUUCCUCCUUCUAUGGGGAGUCAUAAUUUGAAACAUUCAUCUCAAUCUACAGAUCCAUAUACUUUGAAAUUAUUAUUAUCAUUAUUACCUUCAUUACCACCAUCUACAUCAUCUGUAUCUUCAUCAUCAUUAUCAUCAUUAGGUUUAAAAAAUAUAAAUGGUAUAGAUGAUAAUAAAUUAAAAAAACUUACAUCAUUAUCAUCAUUUCAUAAACAUUUAAACAAAAAAUUACAUCGUUCUUUAUCGAAAACUGAUAAACAAAUCAUAAAUGAUUAUCAUCAUAAAUCAAUUUCAACUACGGCUUUAUUAGCUGAAACUGAUGUAUGUCAAUUAAUCACUUCAAAAGUUAAUCAUAUGAUUAAACGUAAAGUUUCUAGUGUUAGUCAACAUUGA